AUGGCAUCAGCCGAAUAUUACGAAAACGAUGUUCCAAAAAGGUUGCAAAACGAUGUUAUCUUUGCUGGAAAAGUUCAGCUAAGCCGCUUGACCCCGGCUAUUUUCGUGAUAACAUCGGAUCUCCGAUUGUUUGAAGUGUGGCGAAAAGCAAUUUUGAGUUCGGUUAGCUUAGGUUCAAACAGAUUCGAUGCCGGCCAGCGAUCGUUUCAGAAUUUUCACCUCUUCAACGAUACUCAGUAUGAAAUGGAUACACCCGUUGCCGAAAUAGAAAGCACUAGACCGAACAACAUAAGCUUGAGAAUUUUCCGCGCAAACGAUGGAGCCAAGCGAAAGGUUUUCAUUUUGGUGCAAUUAGAUCGCACUUUGAUUGCGGUUGAACGGCGAAACGUACACGUCGGCGAUAGCAACGGUUACUUGGUGAUACAUUCGCGAUAUGAAGAAUUCCGUCAGUUGACUUUCGUUGAAAAUAUUCAUCGGCCAGGAAGUUGCGUCGUUCAUAUACACGUCGACGAUCGUAAUGAACCGAUAGUUACAGAUUUCUUAGACGACUCACCAGUUGCCAGAUCGGGCAUACCGUCGUUAGAGGACAACUUCACUUGUUUCGAUGAAGUGCUGAAAUCUCUACGCAAUCAAACAGCAGAGCGUAGGGCUCAGCUGGAAAUGUCGAAACUAACCGUUAGUAAGGUUUUCAACGGUAUGAACGAGAGCAUGAAAACGAUUCCAGCUCUACUACGAUCAUCGAAUGCGGAGGAAAAGUAUCCUUUAGUGCGGUAUGGCGCGAUUUGGAAAAAGAUCCACAACGAACGUUUGCUGAUCGGUGUACCGUUAUACAAUUGCAGCUACAAAAGACGGCUAACCCUGGUCAACUUGCGGCUGGUGCUAGUGGAGCGAGAUUCGAAGGCGGUCUCGUACAGCACGCGCUUCUACCGGCUGCGGGAUGAUGACUACAACUUUAAAUCGUACGACGAAAUCAUGGAGCAGGAAGACGCGAUGAAAAGUGUGCCCGCUUUCGAUCAGGAGUGGAUUGCAGAAAAUACCAAAGUACUGUACUCCGAAGAGACGGCAGUGUUCCUAGCCAGCUGUAGUCUGUCCUCGUUGGUCCAACUUGGCCGUGGCAUCCAUUUCAACUGUUUCGUAUUGUACAACGUGUCAACGUCUGCCGAAACCGAGUGUGGUGAAAUGCAGCUCAGCUUGGGAUCGAUUGAUCUACCCCAGGAGCAGCUGUGCAGUUCGGAUCUGUGGGUGCAUUUCCGGGCGGCUGACGCCAACCAGGAUUUGCUUGCCGUAACGUGCAGCUCCGAGUUUCUGUCGUUGGAAGUUCGUUACAACCGCGAGCCGAGGGUCGCGUUGAAGGAGUUUUUUGUCGGUAGAUUAGCGUUUGUUGAAGUGUUAUCGACCGUCGUAAAUCGAACCGUGCUGUACUGCGCUGAUAACACGUACUGGCAGGGCACAAUGAUACGGCUGGAUGGGAUGGAGGAGACGCGCCUGAGGAUGAAGCUAUAUAGCAGAUAUUCUCAUCAAAUGCUGACGCUGCUGCAAUCGAUUUACGCUGACUACGAAGAGACAUGUUCUAUCGAUCUUUGCGCGGCCGCAAACAAUGCCACGGAACUAGAACUGAAGCGGUGCCUGCUGGAUGAAUUACAGACCAAAAUUGAGCAUCCUAUUCAGAGGAACGAAUGCAUGCGGAAGGAGUUUUGCACUGAUUCGGUUUAUUGUUCCCUGGACACACGCGCGACUACCGAAGGCAAUUUUUCAUCUAAUUGA